UUCGUGCAUGCACGUGUAUACGACCUUAAUUCGGCAAGUGCUCGAAAUCCGAUACGUCAAAUGGAAAACUUUUACUUUCGCGCGUUAUAUUGAAAAACUGUUAGCGAUUAGUGUCUGUGAACGUGUGUAUCAUGCUUAAGUGAAACUUUGAAAAAAAAAAUAAGUUUUACGAUCGCUGGAAACCAUUGCAAAAUGUACUUAUGUUUAUAUUUUAUUACUUGGAGCGUUGCUUUCGUGUCAACUCAAGCCCAAGAUGAAAGGCGCUGUGGCCAUCCAUCUGUGCCGCCUAACGCAAGAGUAUCACUAUCAAAUAGUGAAAUUGUGCCUGGAACUCUGGCCACAUAUGAAUGUGACGAGGGUUAUGAACUCUUCGGAGGUCAUCAGAAAGAGUGCACCGUCAGAGGCGAUUGGAAAGGAGAUUCACCAUUUUGUGGGACAAAUGUAGCAUUCCGAAAGCCAGCAAAUCAAUCAACAACUGUACGGGGUGGUAUGGCAAGUAACGGUAAUGAUGGUGAAAAGACCACAGAACAUGACGGAAAACGCUGCACAGAGACCCAAAGGGAGGCUUCUCCGUGGUGGCAGGUCGAUCUUCUGCGGCAUUAUGCUGUGAAAGUUGUCAGAGUUACAACUAGAGGUUGCUGUGGUCAUCAACCGUUACAGGAUCUCGAGAUUCGAGUGGGAAACAGCAGUACCGAUCUCCAGAGAAAUCCUUUGUGCGCCUGGUUCCCUGGUACCAUAGAUGAAGGAAUAACAAAGACUUUCACAUGUGCUCGACCGCUUAUCGGACAACAUGUGUUUUUGCAACUUGUUGGCGUCGAAGGGUCCCUUUCGCUUUGCGAAGUCGAAGUAUUCACGACCGAGGAAUUUUCGAACGACCGAUGUGCGCCUCCCGGAACAUCAGCUGACGUGGAGCUGGCAGCUUUUUCAAGAACCUGCUACGAAUUUAACGUUGCCAAGGGCGCAUCCUUUGAAGAUGCGAGAAAACAAUGCCAAUCACAUGGUGGUGACUUAAUUAAUGGGUUUCAAGGUGCAACAUCAAGUUAUCUCAUUCAAGAAUUGGAACGUCGUAAAUCACAGCUGAAAACACAACUUGUAUGGAUAGGUGCACAAAAGGAGCCUGGCCUUACAUCAAGAACCUGGAAAUGGGUUGAUGGCGAAAUAGUUUCCAAGCCAACGUGGGGCAAGGAUCAACCAAACAAUUACAAUGGCGAACAAAACUGUGCCGUAUUAGAUGGCGGACGAGCCUGGCUAUGGAAUGAUGUUGGAUGCAACCUGGAUUAUUUACACUGGAUCUGCCAGUACCUGCCGCCAUCUUGUGGGAGUCCCGAUAAACUACUAAACACUACGAUCGAGGGGAACAGUUACAAAGUAGGAGCUACAAUUGCUUAUAAGUGUCCAGUAGGUCAUAUGCUGAUUGGAGACAAGACCAGGGAAUGUCAAAAAGACGGUUUCUGGUCAGGCGCAGCUCCUAGCUGUAAAUAUGUCAACUGUGGUGGCCUAUCGUCCAUUCAGGAUGGCGAAGUCACAUUAAUAGAAGGGCGUACAACUCAUGGAGCGAAAGCAGUUUACUCUUGUCGUGAGAAUUAUACCCUUGUUGGAGAACCUGAGAGGACUUGCGGAGACGAAGGUUUAUGGGGCGGAGAGACACCUAAAUGUCUCUUUGACUGGUGUCCUGAUCCUCCUCUUGUUACUGGAGCCACAGUCACUGUUGAUGGACAUAAAGCGGGGUCCUUAGCAUCCUACACAUGCCAAAAUGGAUUCAUUCUUUUUGGACAAUCGAGCAUGACAUGUACUCUGGGUGGCGUCUGGAGCGGCAAUACACCUUCCUGUAAAUAUGUUGAUUGUGGCACACCAGCUCAGCUCUAUAAGGGUUCCUUUAAGUUGCUAAACGGAACAACAACGUAUGAGUCUCUAGCACAAUUCAACUGUGAGCCAGACUACUGGCUGGCAGGAGCCGAGAUUUUAACGUGCAAUCGAGAUGGAAAAUGGUCUCAUGACAUUCCAGCAUGUGAAUUGAUAACGUGCGACACCCCAGAUGUUCCACCAGGGGGUUACAUGGAAGCCUAUGAUUAUAAUGUCCAUUCAACUAUCGAUUUUCAUUGCGAAAAGGGACAUAAAUUAGUUGGCGAGCACAGCUUAAUAUGUCAACCGGAUGGUGAAUGGUCGGGCGAAUCUCCAAAAUGUGAAUACGUUGAUUGUGGAAAGCUUCAGACAUUACCUUACGGCACGGCUGAAUUCCUAAAUAGCACCACUCACUUAGGAAGUGUUGUACAGUACUCUUGCACAGCGAAUUACCGCCUCGUAGGUCCUGUAAAGAGAGUGUGCUUGGACACCUAUCAAUGGAGCGAGUUCUCGCCUAGAUGUGAAGAGAUAAGAUGCCCUGAACCAAUAGUGGCUGAAAACAGCAUAGUAUCCGUCACUGGUAACGACCGAAUACACGGGCGAACACUCAUUCGUACAUCGGCCAGUUCAAAGCAGACAUACCAGAUCGGUGCUUUGGUGAAAUACCGCUGUGAAAGAGGCUAUAAAGUAGUUGGCGAGAGUUUGUCGACUUGCGAGGACAACGGACAAUGGAGCGGAGUUACACCUCGCUGUCAAUAUGUUGAUUGUGGCAACCCAGCUCGGUUACAAAAUGGCAAGGUGACUCUUGCGACGAAUGCUACUUACUACGGGGCUGCGGCCCUCUACGAAUGUGAAGAACAUUGGCAACUAGACGGGGUUUCGAGAAGACUGUGCCAAGAUAACGGCACCUGGAGUUCAGAAGCACCUGUUUGCAAAGAAAUUACAUGUAACGAUCCGGCAAUUCAAAUUAAGGGAAGCGUCGGUCUUAUAGUCGUAACGUCAACACUAAGUGUCGGCGGUGAAGCUCAUUACCGGUGUGAAAGAGGUUACAGUUUAAAGGGAAAUCAGACUCGUACUUGCUUACCAAAAGGGCAAUGGAGUGGAGGACCUCCUAUUUGCUUCCCUAUUGAUUGUAAAUCCCCGGGUACUAUGGAGAAUGGGCGCAUUAUUAUAUCAAAUAGCUCUACGCUAUUUGGAAGUUCUAUCGAGUACCACUGUCUUCCGCAAUAUCAAAGAGUCGGACCUUUCCUACGCAAAUGUCUAGAUGAUGGAAAGUGGUCAGGAGAAGAACCUCGCUGCGAGCUGGCCAAAAAUGAAGCUGCAGAAGGCGGAACUCUACCACUGAGCGUUGGAGUUGGCUGCGGCAUCGUUCUCUUCCUAUUGAUGUUACUGGGAGUAAUUUACCUAAGACUUCGCAAAGCUACACCUGUAAAGAAUACUGAAAACAUAGAAGGUGCUGAGAGAAAAGAAGACCAAAAUGCAGCCGUAAUGAGUUAUGCUUCACUACACGAUACACAUGGGAGGAAUAUAUAUGACCACGUAACUGACAACUUAUAUGAUUCUCCCUACAGUGGAAGCCUCGCGGAAAACUCUGCUUAUGGACGUCGGAGCGACACUGACUCAGCAUACGAGCCAGAACCUACUGGCCCCAAUGCAGUGGUCACCAUAAAUGGUGUUGCUGUUCGUUGAUAUCCCCUUAGAUCGAGGUCAGAUUAUGAGAUGGAUAUAAUAUUGGAGACGCCAGGCAACACACCAAGUCAUGCCAGAUGUCAUAGAAUUAUAAGGACAAUUGGAGAUUUUAUCGGAAACAUAUCUGAAAUAACGUUGCUUUCUAAUUACUUUUAUGCUGUCAGUACCGUUCCUUUGGUAUACCUGCUAUCUUAUGUUUUUGAGGAAAUUGCAUCGUCGUUUAGGCUUGUUUACAACUACAUUUUCCGUUAAAACAAGUUUACACGGACAAUUGUGUGAUUUAAAAUGAAUUAUUUCGUAACUAUUAAAUUCGGAAA